AGAAGGCUCAAGUCUUCUUGUUUCCCAGCAUGCCCCGGGAACGCCACCACUGACCGUGCUGACUGGACUUUAGGAUUUUUAGCGACCACAUCGCUAAAGAAGUGGAGUUGGUGGAGGAAGUAACGACAACGGCAGCGACAAGAUGAGUACCAUGUUCGCGGACACGAUUCUUAUUGUGUUUAUAUCGGUAUGCACGGCGCUGCUGGCGGAAGGUAUAACCUGGGUGCUCGUCUAUAGGACAGAUAAAUACAAGAGGCUCAAGGCUGAAGUGGAAAAGCAGAGUAAAAAACUGGAGAAGAAGAAAGAGACAAUAACAGAAUCAACUGGACGCCAGCAGAAGAAAAAAAUUGAGCGACAAGAAGAGAAACUGAAGAACAACAACCGGGAUUUGUCAAUGGUGCGCAUGAAGUCCAUGUUUGCCAUUGGUUUCUGUUUUACUGCACUGAUGGGAAUGUUUAAUUCAAUAUUUGAUGGACGGGUCGUCGCAAAGCUUCCAUUUGUUCCUCUAUCCUAUAUUCAAGGCCUGUCUCAUCGAAAUUUACUGGGAGAAGACUACACUGACUGUUCCUUCAUUUUCCUCUACAUCCUUUGCACCAUGUCGAUCAGACAGAAUAUUCAGAAGUUGCUGGGAUUGGCACCCUCAAGAGCAGCCACUAAGCAAGCCGGUGGCUUUCUUGGACCUCCUCCACAAGCAGCCAAGUUCUCCUAAACGAUAAAGAGCUCCAUGUUUAUAGUAACGUGACAACAGAGGAAGGUCCUCUU